UUUUGUAUAAAAUGUGCGGGUUACCCUCAGCGUUUGUCAAAGUAGAGAAGAUGGAGCUAUCGGUUCACUGGCGAUGGCUUGCUACAGUUUUAAACCUUCUGAUUCUGGGUGCGGGUGUUUGGUGUGACUGUACCGAAGAAGGCAUUGAGAUAGAGGGUGGGGAUUACAUUCUCACUCAGGGACUGAAAUCUGGCAGUACCUUGAUCUAUCAAUGCCCCAAUGGUUUGUUCCCCUACCCUGCCAUGACCCGCCAGUGUUCAGGCCGCAGAUGGCAGGACCUACCGUCACGAGAAAGGAACAUCAGCCAGAAAUGUAGAUUGGUAGAAUGCCCUGACCCAACGGUUCUGAAAUACGGGUCAGUCGACCCUCCUGAGGAAAGAUACUUCGUAGGUAAUGAGACGAUGUAUGAAUGUGAUUCUGGGUACAGACUUCGCGGGUCGGUGAAACGUGUCUGCCUUGCCAACGGAAAGUGGAGUGGCAGCACCCCGAUCUGUAGUCGUGAUGAUGCAGGUAACCCUUGCCCGGACCCUGGCAUCCCCCCGGGAAGCCUGCGCUCGGGGGACUAUUUUGACUACGAUGACGAGGUGACGUACAGCUGUACCAACAGCUUAACGUACCUGGUGGGCUCUAGGGUGCGCACCUGCAGAGCUGACGGCCAGUGGUCCGGAGUGGAGCCCAGCUGCUUCUAUAAGUACACGUAUGACACUGCAUCGGAUAUCAGUGAAGCGUUUGGGGGCGCAAUGAAGCAGAGUCUGACCGAGUCGAUGUCAGUCGGUGACAUACAAGAGGGAAGAAAGAUAACGAUUACAAAAGAUGGAAGAACACUGAAUAUGUACAUCGCCGUGGAUAUUUCUGACAGUCUCACUAAACAGGACAUAAACAGAUCAACAGUAAUGGUACAGGCAUUUAUAGAAAGGGUAGCAUCGUAUGCUGUCUCCCCAAACUAUGACAUCCUCUUUUUCACUUCCGAAUUAUUGCCUAUUUCCAACAUUCUUGAUUAUUAUAAUGGAGUAAAUACGAAAACACUUGAAGCUGUUUUGGAUGAUCUGAAGAGUAUUCAAAUAAAAGAAAACAGGGCUACAGGGACUGAUCUAAACCAAGUCUUCAAACAUAUGUUAGAACGAAUAAUCAUCAUCGAAGAAACAACAAAGACCAAAUUUGAAGAUCUUCGUCACAUCAUCUUAAUAUUUACCGAUGGUGGUUAUAACAUGGGCGGCUCCCCACUGGCUAAUCUACAAAGAAUAAAGAAUGCCAUUAAGCCAGAAGACCACCUGGAUGUUUACAUAUUUGCGGUUGGAGCUAGGAUAUACGAGUUGGACCUCCAACCUCUUGCCACGAAAGAAAGGGGGAGACAUUUCUUUAGAAUCCUGAAAGAGGAUAUGGACACAAUGUUUGAUGAAAUAUUUGAUGACGAAGCCGUAGUCAGUUUAUGUGGACUCCACAAGUUGUCCGACUUCACUUCUUCUUCCAAGAGUUUAGUAUAUCCAUGGAAUGUGAGGCUCACCAUACUGAGAGGUCAUGGUCAGACAAAGACAUGCACUGGCGCUAUCGUCUCUUCCAAAUUGAUCCUGACUGCUGCUCAUUGCUUCCUUGGGGACUUACCUGAAAACAUCCAAGUGGACGUAAAGCAAGGGAGAGACCAAGGGAUCAAAGUGGUGGAGAAAUACUACCGUCAUCCGCAAUACAACAUCAAAGCCAAAGAGGAUGAAGGAAUUGCUGAAUUUUAUGAUUAUGAUGUAGCUCUUGUUCAAUUGAAGGAGGAUCUGAUCUUCACUACAAAUCUCAAACCCAUUUGCAUACCCUGCACCAAGGAAACGAACCAGGCCCUUCGUUUGCCUCCCGAUUCAAAGUGCUCUGAUCAAGAGAAGUUGUUGUUGAAGGACUUCAACCAAAGACUGCAUUUCCUGACUGGGGAAGACACUGUGCAACAAAAAGACGUUGUAGCAAAGCUGGGUCAAAAUCGCGACCCAUGUAUCAAUCAAGCCACAAGACUACCAAACGUAACAGCAGAAAAAAUACAUGAAUUUGUGACAGACAACUUCCUGUGCACAGGUGGUGUUAUACCUUUUGUAGACCACAUAGCAUGCAAAGGGGACUCUGGUGGUGCUGUUUUUAGAGACUACAACCAGCGCACCAUACAGGUCGGUGUAGUCAGCUGGGGAACGGAUGAGGAGUGUAAGGGUCGUGAAGGGCAACUUGUGAAUUCAAAAGAGUAUUCCAGAGAUUUUCACUUGAAUCUCUUCAAGAUUGUCGACUUUCUUCACUCAGUCAUGGCCCAAGGGGACAGAACUUUAGCUCCAACCGAAUUCAUUGAUAACUGGAGAUUGUAAGGGCUGGUGCGUGUGUCAAAAAAAACUGAUGAGAAAGACCCCUCAUGUGAAAUAAGUUAAAACGAGAUGUGAUUUUGGGGAAUGCUUUGUUCAACGCUUUAUAAUUUAUGGGUAGCAUUUUUGAAGAUUGAAUAGGCUAGCAAUGAUAAACCAGGCUAUGCUUAAUAACUCUGUAUCAGCAAUUACCCCCAGUGGUCUUUGAAGACGGUUGUUGACCCGUAAAUAAAAUCACAGAUAAAGAACA